AUGAAAAAUCAUGGUUUCUUGCUUACUACAGUCACUCCAGUAGAGAGACCAGAGAGGUGUUCUUUACCCGACAAAAAACUACUGCGUUUUACGCCACAAGAAGAGAACAUUGAAGGGGACCUUGUGGUAGAUAGGCAAAAGCAACGUGCUAUCCUAAGCUGUGUCUACACUGCGCUAUUUACUCGGAAGAACCUGUUUCAAGGACAUGUCGAUCGCAGAUUAAGGAACGAAGCUAAAGAACGUCGGUCGCCGAUAUAUGAGAAGCUGGCAACACUUUGUCUCGUACGCAUUGAGGCGGUUAAGGACGGAAUCGUGAAUCAGUCGGUGAAGCGCAUGCCUACUCGUGCGCCACAUGAACCGCGCAAAAUUGUUCAAGGUAGCGGAGACCUGCGUCGUCGCGGUACACUCUAUCGGCAACUCUCCGUGCGGCAAAACCCGCGUCUCACUAGUGUACCGUAA